AUGGAUGAUGGUGUCUUCUUCCCUCCAAAUACCAUGUCAGGCACUCCACCCGAUUCCUUUAUGGAUUUGGAUUACAUGGAUGAACUCUUGCUAGACGGAUGUUGGCUGGAGACAACUGAUGGAUCUGAUUUUUUGCUCCACAGUACCUCUAACUCUGGUGCUCUCUUUGACCCUUCAUUUACAUGGCCUACUCUCCAAACGAACAAUGACACUUUGAGUGGGAGCCACCACAAAAGGACAGUCAAGAAGAUAGGCAAAGGUUCUGAAGUCAGUAGAAGAUGGUGGAUUGGACCAAGAGCCAAUCAUUUUCCAGCCUUAUCUGUAACGGAAAGAUUAAUUCAAGCUCUUGGGUACAUUAAAAAUUGCACUCGAGAUGAGAAUAUUCUGAUUCAAAUAUGGAUACCAGUAAAUAAAGGUGGCAGAUGUGUUCUAACCACGAGCGAUCAACCUUUCUCACUUGAUCGUAACUGCCCAAGACUUUCAAGUUACAGAGACAUCUCUGUGAGCUAUCAGUUCGCUACCGAGGAGGAUUCCAAGGAGAGUAUGGGCUUGCCUGGCCGGGCUUUCAUGUGUAAGGUUCCUGAGUGGACUCCUGAUGUUCGAUUCUUUAGAAGGGAAGAGUUCCCACGGGUUGGUCAUCAUGCUAAGCAAUAUGAUGUCCGUGGAACUAUUGCUGUUCCAGUUUUUGAACAAGGUAGUCAAAGUUGCUUGGGUGUUAUUGAAGUUGUGAUGACUACUCAAAAGAUCAACUACCGUCCAGAGCUUGAAAGUGUUUGCCAAGCUCUUAAGGCUGUUGAUCUCCGUGGUUCUGAAGUUUCAAGUGCUCAGAAUGUUAAGGCGUGUGAUGGCUCUUAUCAAGCUGUGUUGCCUGAAAUUCUGGAGGUUCUGAGAUCUGCAUGUGGGACACAUAGAUUGCCGUUAGCUCAAACAUGGGUCCCAUGUGUCCAACAAGCUAAAGAGGGGUGCAGGCACUCUGAUGAGAAUUUUGUUCAUUGUGUUUCCACUGUGGAUUCUGCUUACAUAGCUGAUCCCUCUAUUCAGGGUUUUCAUGAAGCCUGCUCUGAACACCACUUGUUGAAAGGUCAAGGGGUUGUGGGAAGAGCGUUCACAACUAAUCAACCAUCUUUUUCACCUGAUGUAACCUCUUAUAGCAAGACAGAGUAUCCUCUUUCGCACCAUGCAAGGAUGUUCGGACUGCGUGCUGCUGUUGCCAUACGGCUGCGAAGCAUUUACACUGGUACAACUGACUUUGUUUUGGAGUUCUUUUUACCUGUGGAUUGCGUGGAUCCUGAAGAACAAAAGGCAAUGCUCAAUUCAUUGUCCAUCAUUAUACAAAAGGUCUGUUGGAGCUUACGGGUGAUUACGAACAAAGAGUUGCAGGAAAAUACUUUUCUGCCUGUUGGUGCACUUAAAUUCCCUUCAUAUGUGAAGCUUGGAAGAGAAAUGCCAGAAGUGGAAUGUACUCAGUCCGCAAGGCACUUCCAUGAAGUAUCAUCCUGCAUUGGCAGAAAGACGGAGGCCAAAGAGGGUGAUAAUUUACCAUUAGUCCAGGAACCAAGGCAACAGUUGAGGGAAAAAGCGUUGGACUUUAUGAAACAGCAACAUGAUUCUGACUCCAGAGCAACUUUGACCAAUGCUGAAGAUAAUUCUACUUCUGGCGAGGAUAGCUUCUUAAAUGUAGGUAAUACAGGAGAGAAAAGAGUCAAAAGACAUACCAAGGCAGAGAAAAGUAUCACCUUGCAGAUGCUUCGGCACUAUUUUGCUGGUAGCCUAAAAGAUGCUGCAAAGAGUAUUGGCGUUUGUCCCACUACUUUGAAAAGGAUAUGUAGGCAACAUGGAAUAAAACGCUGGCCUUCUCGAAAGAUCAAGAAGGUUGGCCACUCCUUACAAAAAAUCCAACUUGUGAUGGACUCAGUCCAAGGUGCCUCUGGUGCUUUUCACAUCGACUCUUUCUAUUCAAACUUCCCAGAAUUGGCAUCUACAAAUUUAACGGGAAUCAGCCCAUUUUCAGCUUUAAUUACUGAUGAUGAUUCAAAGUCCUUCAACAGGAAGCUUGAGGGUGUCAAUCUCAAACCCCAGGCUGCUGCAUCUAAAUCACUCUCUCCUUCCUGUAGUCAAAGCUCCUGUUCUAGCCAAUCUUGUUCCAGUGGGACACAGCCGCAUCCUCAAGCAUCGCAUGUUGCAGGUCAUGAAGAUCCAAUUGUCAGGGAAAAUUCCAGUGAUAGUGUACUUGAAAGGGCUGGAAGUGAUGCAGAGCUGCACAUGUCAAGUGAUGAAGUACCAAAGCUCCUGCCAAGAUCCCAUAGCCAUAAAUCUCUUAGUGACCACCCUAAAUCAGAGUGCCCUCUGCCCAUUGCAAAGAAUACAGGUGGAAACUCCCAAAGAGGCAUUCAGAGAUUUAAAGUUACAUAUGGGGAAGAGAAAAUCCGGUUCCGCAUGCAGAAUAAUUGGGGAUACAAAGACUUAUUGCAAGAGAUUGCCAGAAGGUUCAGGAUUGGUGACACCAAAGUGUUUCAGCUCAAGUACUUGGAUGAUGACUCUGAGUGGGUAUUGUUGACAUGUGAUGAUGAUUUGGAGGAGUGUAUCGAUGUAUGCCAAUCGUUAAGGAGCCAAAUAAUUAAGCUCGCUCUCUGUUCAGAUUCACAGAAAAAUUUGAGAAGCUAUAUGGGUAGCAGCAGCCCCUUGUGAUUAUCGUAGAAAUGACUACUAUCAAUGGGGUUGCAGUUUGAUGCUGUUUAAAAAUUUGCGUCAAUAUUUUGGACGAGCUCAAGUCCAAAUAACUUGUUGGGGUAUAUGUUGCCUGCAAUUUCAGAUACAUGAAACGCCCUUUUCAACGUAAUAAGUGGUAUCUGUAGGCUGGGAUCACCAUGAAAGUUGUAAAAGACUUUCUCCUAGGACGUCCUGAAAUUCAACUUGGGCUUGGCAAAAGUAUUCCGUGCGUAGAACUAGUCAUUUUAUUGCCUAUGCAGCUGGAAAUACCGAAGCUACCGUGUUUUCAUACUGUGUUAAGAUGCCAUGUUAAAGGAAUGCACGCGUUGGAGGCUGGAAGAUUUUUACGGAAUACGUGAAAUGCGAAAGACAGAUUUCUGGGCAGAUCUUUGAUAAAAUAAUUUGAAUAUGUACUGACAUUGAAUCUCAUAUGAGAGAGAGUCUAUGCAAUGGCCAGGGAAUAAAUGAAAAACCCUUCACACCACCAAGCAUACGCGAGCGGUGUGGUGCGGUGCAAAUAUGGAUUGUGAAUUUGUACAUUUGCAAUACUGAUUAGUGCUCGAGCUUGAGGGGAAUUUAGCUCAGCUGAAUAUGUUUUGCAAAACUGAUGUAGUGUACCUUUGUGGAUCCAUUGACAACUUUUAAUUUUCAGUUGGCUCAAGUAGA